AUGAGUCUCGGUAAUGAUGAAAUGUGUUAUCGUAUUGAUUGGUUUGGUGGCGAAUAUGCUGUGAGUGGAAAUACAAAUGCUUGUGUUCGCGGUAUAGUUCAGGUGAUCUCUAAGUAUGGGAAAUACGAAUUUCAAUUAGAAGAUACACAACGACGAUUGAUUCUGAUAAGAAAAAAUAUAUAGUAUCUGAGUGGUUCGCAAACAAGUAGAUAUUGUAUGUGAAAGAGAAAUAGUGAGCAACGGUUAUGUUAUUGAAAUGUUGAUUGUUACAUCGAGUACAUAGGCUGGAAAAAAUGAUACAAUAGAUAUCUGAAACCUAAGAGACGUCCAUUGAUAGGUGCAUCAUGUGGUGUUUCGGAUAGAACAAGUUAACGCUGAUGGUAGUUGAUGAUGGUUGAUUAUAUAUGUGUGGAUGUGGCUGUGUGCAUGUACGUGAAGAGGGGACCCAUAUCCACACCUAAAUUCUAAAAUUCCAUCUAUACUAAUAUCAAAUCAAUUCAUCUAUAUUUAUUCUAAAAUUCUAGAAUUCAGCUCAGUGCGCACCUCGUUAUAUGAUAAUAUUGUUAAGAAGGUAUUGAUUAUAUCUAUGUUAUAUGUACACAGACAAGAUUAAAGGUAGAAUUCUAUGAGAAUUCUAGAAUAUUAGAAGAGGGCCACGUCUCGCUUCUCACCUCUUUUUCGUUUUUUCCAGUUUCUCCGCAUUUUCUGAUUUUCAUAUAAGAAAUUUUGUUUUAAUUUUCAUUUAAAAAAAUUCAGACAAUAGAGCCUGCCAAUAGUAGAUUAUGUCAGCUGUGGAUGGGUGUGGGUGUGGAACUGCUUUUACUACAUAUUCACGUUCACGUUCACAUCUUCACACAUCCUCAAUGAGCAUGAAUUUGAAAGAAUUUUUUUGUAAGAUAAUAGGGAAAAGAAUAGUUUUCAAUAUACUCAUGAGUCUUUGAAUUGCAUAACGAUUUUAGAAAAUCUGACAAAUUCAUCUUAUUUCUCCCAUAUAGAAAAGAAAAAUAUUAGAAAAAACUUUUUGCUUAGUAUUUAUUUGAACAUGAAUUUCUGCAAAGUUAUAUCACAAAAAGAGUAUUUUUAAAACAGAUUUCUAUAUUUUGCUGUGCAAUCCAUAGAAGAACAAUCUAUGUUUCAACAUAGUCUAAUAUGCAUAAAAAAAAAUCGAAAUUGAAUGCAUGCUAUUCUCAAUUCUAGUAAGUCUAACUCAAAUCUUAUUGAAUUUUAAUGAUGUCUCAAAAUCAAAAGAACCUCAUUUGGAUAAAAUAGAGA